AUGCUCUCUGAAGGCACCCUCAAGGUUAUCGUUCACUCUGCUCGUCACUUGGCUGAUGUUGAACAUGGUGGUCGCAACGACCCUUACGUCAAGCUCUCUUUGACCCACGAAGGCGCCGACUCUUACCAAGAAACCACUGUCAAGGAAGAUGCUGGUAGCCAAGCUUCUUGGGAUGAGACUUUUGAAUUUGCUUACACUGGAGAGCCCAAUCUCUACAUCGAGGUGAUGGAUAAGGAAAAGGGUGUUGAUGAGCUUAUUGGCUUUGCUGCCAUUCCCCUUGCUCAAGCUCCUGUUUCGGGUAUCUUUGAUAUCUUCGAUGUUAAGGGCUCCAUCGCUGGUGCUGUUCACAUUUCCAUCAAUGACGAUGGCUCUUCUGAACCUGUCCCUGCUACUUCCUUCGUUGAUGAGGAACAUCAAGAAGUCGCCAAGAAGCUCAACCGCAAGGCUGUUGCUGGUGAUGUCGCUGAAGGUCUUUUGGCUGCUGGUCUUGCUGUUGGUGCUGGCUUCUUGGGCAAGAAGCUCUUCGAUGAGUACAAGGCUAAGAAGGCUGAGGAGGAAGCAUAA